AUGCCCGCUCUCGAGAGUCGCUACGACCACGACUCGUCGACGGCCUCGUCCGACGCCGAGGACUUUGUCAACGCCUCGCCCGCCUCGCCCGCCGCACGCGCCGCCGCCGCGCCUCGCCGGCCGUCGUCGGCCGCCGGUUCGGCGCGCUCGCACCGCUCGUCGGCGGCGCGGUCCAAGGUGCACAGCUCGUCGAGCAGCGAGUCGACCGACAGCGAGGAGGAGCGCGCGCUGAGGGAGGAGCUCGCCGAUGCGGGCGGCGACAUCGAGGCGGGCGUCGUGAGAGGACAGCCGGUCGAGGGACGCGUCGAGCGCAUCAUGCGCAGCGUGGGCAAGGGUCCUGCUGGAGGUGGGAGUGCGAGGACCUCGCAGCGCUACAACGCCCUCGGCCACGACGACAACGAGGCCGCACGUCGUCACCACCACAAGAAGCACGGCAAGAAGGGUUCGCGCUCAGCGUCGGCGACUCGCACUAGCAGCCGCUCGGGCCGCCGCAACAUGAACGCGCUCGGCAAGGACGAGCCGGCCGCCUCGGGCGGCGUGCCGAACCCGCACGCCGUCGAGGGUCUCGACGAGCCGCUGUCGGACCUCGAGAAGGGCGCCGUCAAGCGCAGCAGCUCGAAGCGCAGCUCGAAAUCGUCGUCGUCGUCGAAGAAGUCGGGCAAGAAGGGCGCCGCCAGCGGCGCAGGCGACCCGGGCCCGGGCAAAGGCUCGCAGAAGCGCAAGCCGAGGUGGCCCAUUUGGUGCUGGCUCCUCGUCGCCUUCAUCGUCCUUAUCGCAGUCGCGCUCAUCGUCUUUGUCGUCGUCCGGGUCGUCCAGGACAAGAAGGAGACGGCCAAGGCCGAGGGCGAGUCGUCCGCCGCCGCCGACCACGACGCCGCCGAGUCGUCCACCGGCUCCAGCCCGUCCUCUGCCCUGUCCGACGCCGCACACGCCUCGACGACUGCCUCCGACUCUCCUGCCGACACGGCGCACGCCGAGACGACCUCGGCGACCGUCAACGACGGCCAGUACCACCCGUCGAGCGCCGCCGCCGCCACUUCUGCCCCGACCGCCGCGGCGACCGACACGGCCGCCGCCUCGGCCCAGAACGACGGCAAGUACACGCCGACGACGGCUUCAACCCCGACGACGGCUUCAACCCCGACGACCAGUGCGCCGUCCCAGAUGGGCGAGUUCGGCUCGGUCGACCCGCAGGCGUCGCCCUCCUCGGCCGUCGACGCCGCCUCGGGCGCUUCGUCUGCCGCGACGACCAACUCGCCCGGCGCGCACGAGCAGUCGGCUGCCGACUGUGCGUCCGCGACGACCGACUCGAGCGCGAGCGCGACCUCGACCGGCGCCGCCGACGUCUUUGCCCAGACGACCAUGCCCGCCGGCGUCUCGAUGCCCUCGUCGGCGUCGUCGAUCCUCCCGGCGGUCGACGGCCAGCAGCAGCACAAGUCGGCCGCAUCGCCGCUCUCGUCCAUCCAGCUCGGGCCCGGCCCUGUCGUCGUCUCGACGCCGCUCGCCGAUCCCGCCGCCGCCACCACCUCGGCGCCGACGGUCGACGGCGCGCAGCAGCAGACGGCUGCGGUGCAGGACGGCUCGUGGCACGCCGACUCGCCGGCGUCGCAGGGUGGAGCCGGUCCGUCGGCGACGCCGGCCGCCGCUCCGGGCUCGGGCGACUGGCAGGGCGCGCCGUCGGCCUCGCCGUCGCCGUCGCCCGCAGCUCCGGCGUGGAACCCUGACGGUGUCACCGGCGCUGCGGCUGCUGCUGCUGUCGCCGGCCCGUUCGCCGCCGCCGAGGUGUACCAGGCGACGCAGCCCGAGGCGUUCCAGACGUUCAAAGGUCAGGGCACCUACUUCGAGGCCAGUCAGCACUACGGCCCGUGCGGCAUCGCCGCUCACAAGACGGACUUUGUCGUCGCCCUCUCGAACGCCAUGUGGCUUCACUCGACGCAGGGCUCAACGACGACGCCGAGCAGCUACUGCGGCGCCGAGCUCCUCGUCACCAACCUCGCCAACGGGCUCUCGAUCAAGGCCUGGGCGACCGAGCGCUGUGCGCUCUGCGUCGGCGACGCCUCGCUCGACCUCUCGGUCCCCGUCUUCUCGGCUCUCUCGGGCGACAACCUCGACCUCGGCGUCAUCGACGUCAUGUGGGGCUGGACGGGCAACACGUCGUCGGUGGCGGCGGCGGCGGCGGCCGCGGUCGCUCCGUCGGCGUCAGCGUCGGCGGCGUCGUCGACCUCAACCUCGAGCUCGAGCGACGGCGGGUGGCUCUGGCGCCGCGCCGAGCCGACGCACCUCGCCUGA